AUGAGUAGAAUAGCUAAAGAAAUCAAUGAGAAAUUGGAGCAGGCAAAAGAGGAGGUAAUAAUAAUUGGAGGGGAUUUUAACGCUAGAAUAGGAAGGGAAGGGAAAUUAUAUGGUGGAGAACUGGAAAAGGAACAGGAAAAAAGAAAAUCGAAAGACAAAGUAACAAAUGGCUUCGACAAAAUAGAAAACUUUCAGGUUGGAAGCAGAAUAGAUUCAGACCAUCAACCUCUAAAUGUGACAGUUAAAACUAAAGGAGGAAAUAAGGUAGAGGAAAAUGAACAAAAGAUAAGGGAAAAAGUGUACUGGAAACCAGAAAAAGUGGCAGAAGCUGGAAACAGCGGUAAAAGAAAAUAUGGAGACAAGGAGAAUACUAGUGAAGAAAUGGACAAUAGGACAGAAAUAUUGGUGGGACAGGGAAUGUACCAAAGAAAAAAGAAAAGUGGGGAGAUGAUACAAAAAUGGAGACAAGGAAAAAUAAGGAAAGAAGAAUAUUUGCAAAAGAAAGCGGAGUUCAGAGAACUUUGCGAGAGCAAAGAAAAGCGUAAAAAACAGGAAGAAGAGGAAGAAAUAAGGAAAGCGAAGACAGAGAAGCAAAUAUGGGACUACAUUAACAAGGAUAGGAAGAAAAAGACUCACUGCAAUAAUAAAAUCAACAUAGAAGCAUGGAGGAAACAUUUUUAG